CUCGUUUUUAUUAUUUUGUUGUUACAAUAAAAGGACUUUUUUGUGUAAUGUAAUGCUUAAAUUACACGCACUGGCAGUGCACCGCCGCUUGUUUGGCAAAAAUACAGUGAUAAAUUGUAUAAAAUUAUGGUGAGGCACAGGCCAAAUUGUUAGACGCUAAUUGUGUAAAUAAAUGUAUUACAACUGUAAACCUGAAUUUUACUGUAGUGCAGUUAAAUAACCACAUGUAUAGUUUAUAUGACAAACAAAGAGUCUGUUAAAUGGCAUCUAGCUACAAUUGUUAAUACCCAAAUUAAAUCUAUGAAAAACUAACUAAAAACAACACAACAGAAGCCUUAACAACCGCAACGCUACACAAUACGAUGGCCGUGCAGUUGAAGAAUGCGUAUCAUCAUUUGCCGCUGACCAUAACGCCGAUACUCUGCCAGCCGCUGCUGACGCCGGCGCCGACGCCGCCGAAGCCGGAGCCGCCAGAUUUGACGUUUCAUUGCAUGUGCUGUGCCGAGUAUUUUGUGCAUCCGCUCGCGCUCUACCAGCACAUGAACAGCAAGCAUCCAAAUGAGGCAACGCCACAGCAACAGCAGCAACAGGAGCAGGCCGCGCAGCAGGCGGCUGAGGAUGAUAGCACCGACUACAGCUGGAUAUUCGAGCCGGUUUGCGAGCUGGAAGUGGCGGCCGAUGCGGCACCGUUGCGCAGCGACGAUGACAGCGACUCAAACAGCGAUGACGAGGCGGAGGAGGGCAGCGACGCGGAAAGCGACAAUGAUAGCGACAGCAGCAGCAGCAGCAACAGCAGCAGCACCAGUUCCAGCAGCAGCAACAGCAGCAGUGGCGCCGGCGGCGGCGGCGUCAACAGCAACUCCAAUACCCAGCAGAGCUUGGAGAACGGUGCCUACGUGGAGGUGACAUCGACACAUCCGAUGCGUGGCCUUCUGCCCGGCAGUCAACCCAACGAAUAUCAGCUGCAGACCGCAGAUCCACGUGAAUCCACAUCCAUAAUACUUUUGCAGCCGACGCUGAGCAUAACGCCAGUGCCGGCGCUCGCCGUGGUACAGGCGCCGCUGCUGCAACCGACGCUCAGUCUGGAGCCGGCGACCAUUAAGCGACGUCGUGGUCGGCGCAGCAAGGCGAACGUUAACAGCGAGGGCCAGGGAGCUGCGGCCGCGGCGGUGGCCCAGCUGGGCGCCAAUGGACAAAAGUGCUUUCAGUGCACGCACUGCGAGGCCUCGUUUCCCAAUGCCGGUGAUCUUUCCAAGCAUGUGCGCUCGCACAUUUCGAAUAAGCCGUUCCAGUGCUCCAUUUGCCAGAAGACCUUUACGCACAUCGGCAGCCUCAAUACGCACAUACGCAUCCACAGCGGCGAGAAGCCGUACAAGUGCGAACUCUGCCCGAAGGCUUUCACCCAGUCGAGCAGCCUGAUGGUGCACAUGCGCUCGCAUGCGGUGCGCAAGCCGCAUCAGUGCCUGCAGUGCGACAAGGGCUUCAUCAACUACAGCUCCCUGUUGCUGCACCAGAAGUCCCACUCGGCGCCCGUCGAGAGCUUUGUGUGUCCGGAGUGCGAGCGCGAGUUUAAGGCCGAGGCGCUGCUCGACGAGCAUAUGCGUAUGCACACCCAGGAGCUGGUCUAUCAGUGCGCCAUUUGCCGGCAGGCAUUCCGUGCCAGCUCAGAGCUGGUACAGCACAUGAAAUGCCAUAUGGGCGAGAAACCGUUCACCUGCUCCCUGUGCGAUCGCUCGUUCACGCAAUCGGGCAGCCUCAACAUACACAUGCGCAUACACACGGGCGAGAAGCCCUUCCAGUGCAAGCUGUGCGACAAGUGCUUCACGCAGGCCUCCAGCCUGAGCGUGCACAUGAAGAUCCAUGCCGGCGAGAAGCCCUUUCCCUGCCACAUCUGCGGCAAGGCCUACAGCCAGCAGGCCUAUCUCAACAAGCACAUACAGGCGCAUGCUAUGGACGCGACACCAGCUCGCCAAGCGAUGCCCGUGAUGCCAGCGCCGAAGGAGACGCUGGUGUGCAUUGUGUGCGGCGCUUUGCAUGCGGAUGCCACUGCUUUGGCGCUGCAUGUGACGCGGGAGCAUACGGCGCUGCUGGACAAUAUGAAGCAGGCCACGUUGCCGCCGGCGCCGCUUGCGGCGGGUAAAUGCAGCGCCGUCGAACGCCAGGCACAGCAGCAGGCCUACAUGCAGCGUGUGCAGUCGAUGUUGCAGCAAAUGAAUCAGCAGCAACAGCAGCUGCCAGCCAUGGACUCGGCCGGCGAGGACGAAGAAGAACUCGACGACGACGAUGAGCUGGACGAAGAUGAUGAGCAGCUGGUCGAGGCAGCCGACCAAAACGAGGCGCAGCAAGUGGCUAACAACGAUCACGAUGACAUCGAUGAUGAUGAUGAUGAGGAUGUCGAUGAUGAUGAUGAUGAUGAUGACCAACAACUAAUUACGGACGCGGAUAUGUAUUAUGAUAUGCCCGUUGAUUUCGCAGACAUGGAAGUGGGCUGCGAGGAGGAGGUGUGUGCUGAUUUUAUAGAGAACGACGAUUACGCUGCCGAAGAAGAGGUCUACACCGAGGACAUCUAAAAGCCGUUACAUAUAUAUUAAGAGUUAUGCAGUUUCGCACAGGCAUUUCACAUCAGUUCCACACAUUCGCACAGCAUGGAUCUAGAUUUGUCUUGAAGUUUUCCGUAUGGAAUCGGUGGGAAUGUCAAACGCGAAACACAAACUCAGUUUAAGAUUUUAAGCAUUGUUUUCUGGCCAUAGUUCUUAUUAUUGCUUAUGGUAUUUAAUCAUUAUUAUUGUAAAACCCAAAACAACACACACAAUUGUCAAGUGGCGCGCAGGGCUCUUAUGUUUAAAUGUUCUAUAGACUUGUAUGUUUAAGUUUAACCCUACUAAAAAUAGUGCUUGCAUUCUUGCAACAGCUUCAACUUCCACCGGCUGCUGAACCAUAUCGCAUAUCAUCUCACAAUAUCUGUAAGCUAAUCUCAGUUAGAGCUCUGCGUCGUUCUUGCCAAUUCGAAUGCACCACUUUAAAUGGUAUUAAACUUUAGUAUUAAGCUA